CGUGCAGCCAACUCCCUGACUCUCACGGAGUGGGGGAAGGGCGGGCAGCCAUAAUUACUGUCACACCCUUAUUUGUGACUCUGACAGUUCCGACCGUGGUUUGAAACACAGUGACAAGACCUUGGUCCAGAAGCGAGGGUGCAGGUGGGCAGGGGGAGGGGCAGGGCGCUGGGCCUGGUUUGGCUGUGCUGGGAGGCGGCUUUCUGGGACUCCUCACCUGUCUAACUCGGAAGGUGAGAGAUGGAGGGAGGCAGGAAGACAGGCCCAGGGGCGGGGACCCCGCAGAUGUGGGGACACUCAAGACUUCCAGUGAGGUGUAACCAGACUCCUCUGAGCUGCCCUGUGUCCGUCUUGGUCCUCACCCCUGGCCUGGUCCUCCGCCCCCAGAGCCCCUCCCCUGUCCCUUUACAUAAGGCCUGGGGCAGGCUGGGCCUCGGGUCAGGCCCGCGGCCAUGGCCUUCACGGACCUGCUGGACACCCUGGGCGGGGUGGGCCGCUUCCAGCUCGUCUACACGGCCCUGCUGCUGCUGCCCUGUGGCCUGCUGGCCUGCCACAACUUCCUCCAGAACUUCACGGCCGCUGCGGUCCCCCAUCACUGCCAGCUUCCCGCCAACCGCACAGGGGCCACCACCAACGACUCGGGGGCCUGGCUGAGGGCCACCAUACCCCUUGACCAGCACGGGGUCCCUGAGCCAUGCCAGCGCUUCACAGAGCCUCAGUGGGCCCUUCUGAGCCCCAACACUUCGGUCUACGGGGUGGCCACCGAGGACUGCAAGGACGGCUGGGUCUAUGACCGCAGCGUGUUCCCGUCCACCAUCGUGAUGGAGUGGGAUCUGGUGUGUGAGGCCCGCACCCUCCGUGACCUGGCUCAGUCCAUCUACAUGGCUGGGGUGCUGCUGGGGGCCGCCGUGUUUGGCAGCCUGGCGGACAGGCUGGGCCGCAAGGUCCCCCUGGUGUGGUCAUACCUGCAGCUGGCAGUGUCAGGGGCCGCCACGGCGUACAUCGACUCCUUCAGCGCCUACUGCGUCUUCCGGUUCCUGAUGGGCAUGACCUUCUCUGGCAUCAUCCUCAAUUCGCUGUCGCUGGUCGUGGAGUGGAUGCCCACCCGGGGCCGGACUGUGGCGGGCAUCUUGCUGGGCUUCUCCUUCACCGUGGGUCAGCUCAUCCUGGCUGGCGUGGCCUACCUGAUCCGCCCCUGGCGGUGGCUACAGUUUGCGGUCUCAGCUCCCUUCCUGAUCUUCCUCCUCUAUUCUUGGUGGCUGCCAGAGUCAUCCAGAUGGCUCCUCCUUCACGGCAAGUCCCAACAGGCCCUGCGGAACCUGCAGAAGGUGGCCGCCAUGAAUGGGAGAAGGGCCGAAGGGGAAAGGCUGACCAAAGAGGUGGUGAGCUCCUACAUCCAGAGCGAGUUUGCAAGCGUCCGCACCUCCAACUCUAUCCUGGAUCUCUUCCGAACCCCGGCCAUCCGCAAGGUCACAUGCUGUCUCAUGGUGGUCUGGUUCUCCAACUCUGUGGCUUACUACGGCCUGGCAAUGGACUUGCAGAAGUUUGGGCUCAGCAUCUACCUGGUACAGGCUCUGUUUGGUAUCAUCGACAUCCCAGCCAUGCUGGUGGCCACCACCACCAUGAUUUAUGUGGGCCGCCGGGCCACAGUGGCCUCCUUCCUCAUCCUGGCUGGGCUCAUGGUCAUUGCCAACAUGUUUGUGCCUGAAGACAUGCAGGCCCUGCGCACCGCCCAAGCAGCUCUGGGCAAGGGCUGCCUGGCCAGCUCCUUCAUCUGCGUGUACCUGUUCACGGGAGAGCUGUACCCCACCGAGAUCAGGCAGAUGGGGAUGGGCUUCACCUCCGUCAACGCCCGCCUGGGGGGCCUGGCUGCGCCCCUGGUCACCACGCUCGGGGAGAUCAGCCCGGUCCUGCCGCCCUUGGGUUUUGGCACCACCUCGAUUCUAGCAGGCCUGGUUGUCCUCUGCUUCCUGACCGAGACCCGCAACGUGCCCCUGGUGGAGACCAUCGCUGCGAUGGAGAGGAGAAUGAAAGAAGCCCCUUCCAAGAAGGAGGCAGAAGAGAAAAGCGAGGAAAUCGCCCUUCAGCAGCUGGGAACUUCUCCUCUCAAAGAAACCAUCUAGGCUGCCCGGAGCCUGGCGCCGGCUGGCAACAGCUCACCCCUGUCCAGACCCGCCCUGGGGCUUCUCUUGGGGGCACCAGGGGCUGUGGUGCCGACUCCAGGCAAGGUCUACCAGAGGUCAGC